CUGGAAGUUAUUGUGGGCCGCCAAGACCCUGGGACCAGUGCCGAUCCAAACACCCUGGAGUAACCGCUUUCCGUCGGCACAGUUGAACGUCAUCCCAAUCCCAAUGGCAUCCCCGCGGCUCGUCUCGAACUCGUUGCCCUACCUACCUCCUCGCCCUGGCGAUGCCAACGGCUUCGGUGCUUUUCCCACUUGAUUUCGAUUGAUAUAUGUUCCUAACCUGCCGCCCCCAAAUCUUUUCAAUUAUUUGCUGAGCCGUCUUGCCGUGGUCAUCAUGAAGUGGGUUCGACCGAGUGGAGGCCAACAGCUCUUGGCCUCGCGCCGCGCCGCGCUCCCUUUGCUCUCCGAAAGAACGGCAGCGCUUGCAAUCGUAUGGUCACAGACGAACCUCCACCUCCGCAGGCGAUGUGCAGGCUCGAUAUCGCAGCGCCCAGAUGCCAAGCAUGUUUCGUUCCCAGGGGCCGUCAAGUCGGCCUUCAGCAACACCAUGGGCUUCGAGCAGCCGUCGACGUACCCGGCGUUAUCAACAUAUCGCGUCGUGGACCAGCACGGAGAGGUCGUCGACCCGUCCUUUGUGCCAGAUCUCGACAACGAUGCUGUUGUCAAACUGUAUCGCGACAUGCUCGCCGUGUCAAUAAUGGACCUGGUUAUGUUUGACGCCCAGCGCCAGGGCCGUCUCAGCUUUUAUAUAGUGUCGGCGGGCGAAGAAGCGGUAUCGGUAGCAACCGCCUCGGCUUUGGAAAAAGAGGACGUGGUAUUCUGUCAAUAUCGCGAGCAGGGCGUGUUCAAGCAGCGCGGGUUUACGCUGGCCGAUUUCAUGAACCAGCUAUUUGCAAACCAAAAGGACCCGGGCAAGGGGAGAAACAUGCCAGUGCACUACGGCAGCAAGGAGCUAAAUAUUCACAGCAUAUCCUCUCCUCUUGCGACGCAACUCCCCCAAGCUGCGGGAGCUGCGUAUGCACUCAAGAUCCAGAGAAUGCAAGAUCCGACAAAUCCUCCACGAGUAGUCGCAGCUUACUUUGGAGAGGGAGCGGCGAGUGAAGGUGACUUCCACGCAGCUCUCAACAUAUCAGCAACUAGGUCUUGUCCGGUUGUGUUCAUUUGCCGCAACAAUGGUUAUGCCAUUUCAACACCGACACUGGAACAAUACCGCGGCGACGGCAUCGCGAGCCGGGGCAUAGGCUACGGAAUUGACACCAUUCGCGUCGACGGCAACGACUUCUGGGCGGUUAGAGAGGCCACCAAGAAAGCACGUGAGCUGGCGUUAGAGGACGGCGGCAAGCCGGUGCUGAUUGAGGCUAUGACGUAUCGCGUGAGCCACCACAGCACAUCCGAUGACUCAUUCGCAUACAGAGCAAGAGUGGAGGUGGAAGACUGGAAGAGAAGAGACAACCCGAUUGCGAGGCUACGCAAGUGGAUGGAGACCAAGGGCUUCUGGGACGAGAACAAAGAGAAGGACGCUCGCGACAGCAUCAGACGGGACGUGCUGAAGGCGUUUGCCGAUGCCGAGCGGGAGAAAAAGCCCCCAAUUCGGGCUAUGUUCGAGGACGUGUACGAGGAGUUAACGCCCGAGCUCAGGCAGCAGAUGUAUGAGCUUAAGAGCUAUAUCGAGAGAUACCCAGACGAAUACGAUGUUGGGGAGUUUGAGAGCGGGAAGGACAGUUUGGAUAGAUAACUUGGCUACUAUGGCUAGGUACCUACCUGGGCAGGAACGUGUAUGUUUACUUUGGAUACCAUUAAUCUCUUUGUGUUUUUUUCCCCUUUUGGCUUGGAAAUGAUAAUAUGUUGCGAGCUGGGCAAGCCAAGGUGCAGUAUCUACUUUCCCACUGUGCACUUGGAGGAAUUCCAGGUAACCAAAAAAAAAAAAAAAAAAAAAA